CCACGGACUUUGAUAUACCAGUCAGGGUGCACUGUGACGAUAAAUAGCCCAAUGGGCCCACCGACAGGGAUCGAUCCCAGACCGACCACUGGGCUACGUCCCGCCCCCUGCUGAUAGAGCCUGACUAUAUGGAUAGGAUGCACGGAAUUCUUUUUUUCUUCUUCUUCUUUCUUUCUUUCUUGCGCUAAUGCCGAUAUGCACUUUCAUAUAUUUGUGCAACGCAUUUAAAACUCAAGUUCUUACACUAAUUCCUACUCUGGUACAUUUAUCGAUCACGAUAUGGCUUUAUGCCACAAUGAUACUAUUUACUUACAAAGUACUUGAUUUUUCGUUGGACCACGUGACGACAUAAGCCACUGUCGACAGUAUGAACCAGAACUAUACACAAAACAAUUAACCGUGGAGAGACAUCUGUCUUUCAUUCUAUUGUUUAAUGUGUCCACCAUGUAGCAGAAAUAUUUACCUAAGUGUUUGAUAUUGGACGAAACCAUGGCGAGUGGUUCUAAUGCUGAUCGUGAAAAGUCAUUCGAGGUACAAGGGCAUAGUAUUCUAAUGGGACCUGCACACUCUGACUUGUCGUCUUCUCAGACAGUCGGGUGUUCAGAAUCCGGAUCCGAGUCCACUGGAUACGACGACAUGGCCAGCCAAGUGAUGGCCAUUAACACCAGUCUGGUCCAACAAAUUGACGCUCUUCGGCUACGGUUGGAAAUCGAUUACAAACACCACGAGCAGCAGCGAACUGCCUUGAUAAAAAACACAGACGAGAAACUCAACGAAAGGAGUCAUCACAUUUCAAACCUGCAAUCAAAGCUGCACGAAAAGGAGCAUCUUGUGAACGAUUUAGAAAGUGAAAACAAGAAGAAAGCUUUCGAAAUCGCAGGCCUUCAGAGACAGAUAGAGGAUCUCAGGAGAGACAUCCAGGAAGCUCAAGUAUUUGCUGAACAGCUCCAGACGGAAGUGACGUUAAUACAGUCUAACAAAGGAAAAUUACGAAAUGGAUCGGCGUACAAGGAAAAAGAUGAAGAAAUUCGUUGUCUUCAGAUAGAGGUAGAUUGCCUGAAAAAUAAUUUGAUCAAAAUGGACAAGGAACUCUCCAGGGCUAAAGAGAUUAUUGCCCAGCAGGGUGUUAAAAUUAGACUGUUUGAAAACGACAAAGCAAACAUAGAUCUGAAGUUUAAAGAGGAUCUGAAGAAAGUCUCACAGACGGUGAGGCUAGAAAUAGAGAAACUGCGAGAUGUCAUGAGAGGUCAGUGGAUGGAGAUGAAGGCGCUGCGCGAGCAGAAUGAGAGUAUGCGCAAUGAUAUUAAAGAAAUCCGUGAAAUGUUAAUGAUUGCACAGGCCAAUUCCGUUAAGUCUGUGCACCAAAAAGGCAAUGUGACUAUUUUCAAACCAUCUUUCCAAACAAAGAAAGACGUAGGUCUUAAACGUGGAAUCCAGUCUCCCAAAAAGUUCCAUUAGUGAAAAACCUAAAGGUCUUAUUCAAUUAUGUACAAUGAGAUUACACGUAUGAGUGUUUGUUGUGCCUUUGAUUGUUGUUUUUCUUGGGUGAUUAUUUUUCUGUAUGUGAAAUAUAAAUUGUGUAUGUUUUGUAAA